AUGUCCGACGAGGUCGACGGGCCCCGGCCGAAACAAUGGAUCUUAAAUGCAUUUUCCAUGAGCACCCCUGGUCAUCUUGCCCCGGGCCUCUGGAGCCAUCCGCGCAACCAUGCCUCGCAGUAUAAAGAUAUCGAGUAUUGGGUCAACCUGGCCAAGAUCCUCGAAGAGGGGAAGUUCCACGGCCUGUUCAUCGCGGAUGUCCUCAGCCACUACGGCGUUUACAAGGGCAAUGGCAACAUCGACCCGAGCCUCCCCGGCGCCGCCCAGUUCCCGAUGAAUGACCCCUUCCUGGCAGUCUCGGCGAUGGCGGCGGCGACGAAGCAUCUGUCGUUCGGCGUCACGGCGUCGACGACGUACGAGAACCCGUUCCUACUGGCGCGGCGGUUCGCGACGCUCGACCACUUCACCAAGGGCCGCGUCGCCUGGAACGUGGUCACGAGCCACCUCGAGCCGGCGGCGCGCAACCUCGGCCUGCCCACCCAGAUCGAGCACGACGAGCGCUACCGCAUCGCCGAAGAGUUCGUCGACCUCACUUACCAGCUGUGGGAGGGUUCCUGGCACGACGACGCCGUCGUCAUGGACACCGAGACGAAGCAGUACACCGUUCCCGGCCGAGUGCGGAAGAUCAAUCACGAGGGACACUACUUCCAGUCAGCGGGGCCCCUGACGACAGAGCCGUCGAUCCAGCGGACGCCCUUCCUCUUCCAGGCGGGGGCGAGCCGCGCGGGGAUGGCGUUCGCGACGCGGCACGCCGAGUGCAUGUUCCUGCCGGGGAUGACGCCGGCGGCGGUGCGGCGGACGGCGGACGAGGUGCGGCGGCUCGCGCGGGAGAGCGGGCGGGACCCGGCGACGAUCAAGCUGAUCGCGGGGAUGCUCGUGGUGGUGGACGAGACGGACGCGCUAGCCGAGGCCAAGUACGCCGAGUACCGGCGGCAGGCGGACCUGGAGGGCGCGAUGGCGCUAUUCGGCGGGUGGACGGGGGUGGACCUGGACGGGUGGGCGGACGACGCGGACUUCGCGUUCGCGGGGCCGGGCGCGAUCCAGAGCCUGAUCGCGUCGUGGAGCGCGACGGUACCGGGGACGGCGGGGGCGCGCUGGACGAAGCGGCGGAUCGCGGAGGAGCUGGCGGUGGGGGGGGCGCACGCGCGCGCCGUCGGCUCGCCGCAGACGGUGGCCGACACCCUGCAGGCCUGGGUCGACAAGGCCGGCAUCGACGGCUUCAACCUCUCCUACGCCGUCUGCCCCGGCGACUUCGAGGACGUCGUCCGCUGGCUGCUGCCCGAGCUGCGCGCCCGCGGCGUCUUCUGGGCCGACUACGCCGCCGCCACCACGCGCGAGAACUACUUCCAGGACGGCCGCGGCCCCCGCCUGCGCAGCGACCACCCCGGCUCCCGCCAUAAGUGGCCGGCGGAGGCUAAGGAGGAGAAGAACGUUGUGCCGAGGUCCGAGCUCCGCAGCCCCGAGGGCUACAGCCUGCCGGCGACGGUCAUGGCGAAGCCGGGCGCCUUCCUGCUCGUGCCGCAGAAGCUGGACUGGUCGGGGCUCUUCGUCGGGUCGCAGCGGCGGUUCGCCGAGCUAGACGCGGCGGGAUGGGACGCGCUGCGCAAGGACGACCACAAGCUCCAUGCCGUGCUGCUCGCGUUAGGCGCACGCGGCGACGGCGGCGAGCUGCGCUGGCUGUACGACCCGGGGCUGGCGCAGGAGGCCGAGAAGCGGGUGCGGGAGCUCCAGCUGAGCGCCGACGCGUGA